CGAUUGCCACGUCACCUUCAAGAGACUCUAUGGUUGUUUUGCUACUUUAGCUGACGUUUCUGAUGAGUCUUCCAUUUCGUUCAAUUUAGCUAGCUAACACUAAUAAUUGACAAAAUGCUAACGACGGAGGAUUUUACGCACUUUCCGGUGCAGAUGUGGGCAAAGGUGCUGUCGAAGGUAAAGAAAGCGGUUGUUUUUAUGGAUGACAAGUGUGCAGAAGCUCUUCACUGGUGCGGCGGGGCUGCCGUCCUAUUGGAGGCUGGAGCCCGAAACUUAAAGGAGUUUUCGAGCUUCGAAGCCUGCGCUGUGACUGAACCGAAAGCCGUGUUCGUGGUGAGCACUUUGUUGAAGGGCAGAACAGUCGACGUCAUUAAAGACAUCAUAUCCCUCAGUCACUUCCAGUAUUGUGUCGUCAUCACCACCGUGGCUCACUCCGUGCACCUGCUCGCCAACAAUGUCCCCACGGAAAUGGAAGGAAGCCCCGUGUUCGAGCAGUUUGAAGAAAAGCUGUGUGAGUGGAUGGGGAGCAUGAACUACACGGCGGAAGUCCUGCAUGUGCCACUGGUCUUCGCCCCCGUGUCACAGCAGCUUCUCCUCACACCCCCUUUUGCACACCUGUUCCCCCUGCUGUCUCCCGACCUGGAGUCCCUGAAUGCAAAACGUCCAGAGAAGAAGAGAUUUGGAAGCCUGGUCGACGUAGACAUGCACUCUCUCCCCGUUGGACUGCAGCUUGAAAUCAAAUCCUUGGCUUCGGCAUUAAAUUCCCUGUUUGAGGCUACAGGUACCAGGGAAGAGAGUUUUGCCGUGGGUCCCAUGAGCCGCAUCAUAGCAGGGGAACUGGCCAAUCACUCUCAAGCAAAAAACAGAAGGAAGAUAGCCCCGAAUAAAGCAUCCAUUAUUUUUAUGGACCGGACAAUGGAUCUUACAGGAGCUGUUGGUCACCAUGGCGACAACCUGGUGGAGAAGAUUCUGACUGUGCUCAAACGUCUACCUGGCCAUGUGACAGACGUACAAGUGGACAUGCUGGAGCUCACAAGUGUGCAGCGAACCCCUCACUCCCAGAGCACCCUGGCCCCCGGCUGUCUCGCACAGACCCAGUCACCUGCAGCCCAGUCUCUAUGGGAGGCCAUGCUGACCAAUAAACAUAAAGAGGCGGUGAUGGAGGUCCGUCGGCAACUAGUGGAAACAGCCAGCAAGGAGAAGCUGCCAAUCAAGAUGAGCAUGGGCCGCGUGACCCCCGAGCAGCUGUGCUCCUACAUGCAGCUGUUCCGGAGCAGUUGGGGGGCGCUGGAGAGUCACUGCGGGGUGCUCCAGCUGGGCCUGGCCACGGCGCAGACACUCAGCCACCCCAGCCUGCCCCGCUGGGAUGCCUGCCUGGCCUUCGAGAGGCUGCUGCUGCAGGCUCUUGGAGACUCUGAUUUCCCCGUUGUGCUGAGGCAGCUGCUGCCCUUGAUGAAGUCCCGCGGAGGCGAGGACAGCACCCUGGGGUGGAGGUCCAGGGAGGAUGAAUGCGGGCCCGAUGAGCUGAUCCUUCUGCUGGUGUACCUGUACUCCCUGGCUGACGAGGCGCAGCCCACAGCACAGGAUGCCCGGGACACGCUGGAGAAACUGGAGAGAGAGCUGAUAGGAGCGCUCACCCUGGUCAUCACCCGAGAGACGGAACUCAGCCCCUUGCUCCAGAAACUCACCGGUUGUGCGGACCCAGAGGAGCUGACCACAGAGCGAGCCCAUUCCACGGUGGAGGAGAUGUUUAAGACGCUCCGAGGUCUGAGCCACACCAGAGACCACCUCAAGCACCUGCGCUCGGUCUACACCCCCAGCGAUGGAAUUCACCAGGCAACCUAUCGUCCUUUCCUGCGCCAGAUCCUGGAGGAAGUCUUCCACCCUGAAAGACUUGAAUGUCCCGACAUCGAGCACAUGUCUGGAGGCCUCACGGACCUGCUCAAGACCGGCUUCAGCAUGUUCAUGAAGGUGAGUCGUCCACAUCCCCACGACAACCCUCUGCUCGUCCUCUUCCUGGUCGGUGGAGUCACGCCCUCUGAGCUUCGGCUCAUCAAAGAGAUCGUCACCACGCACAAACCCGGGACUCAGGUGCUGGUUUUGUCCACCAGGUUACUGACGCCCACGGAUAUUCCAGAGCUGCUCUUCGCUACCCAAAGACUGUUGCCUGAUAUCGGCAUCUGAAAGGACAUCUCGUGGAAUCGCACCCGUGGAAGGACACGUCCACACCUCGUCAGGUGUGGGUCAAGCUUCAGUAAAUAGGAGAAUCACUGUCAAAAGCUGCGAGCAGAAGUCAAGAGAACCAAAGGAAGCAACAUUCCUCUCCAGUUUGUGUCUGUGUUUUGUCAGAAUUAAUUACAUAGUCAACUGAAAAUUAAUUAUAUGAAAGUAGAUGUUUGCUUUAGGGGUUUCUUGGAGACAGAAUA